UUACCCUUUUCUUGUAUUUUUCCAAUUGCAUGUUGAGCUCUUCAAUUUUUUGUUUUUUUAUUCCCUUAGGGUUUUCUGGGGUUUUUAUAUGGAUCAUAAAGCUGGUUACUUUAGCUGAGAUAAGACACAAUAUGGGUUUUGUUUUGUUUGUUUUUAAUCUAAUUGCAAGCUUAUAUGAUCCAAUCAUGGAGGGGUGGGGUUUGAAUUUGAUUGAUUUUCUUCAUUGGAGUGGAUGUUUUUCAAUAAAUUUCUAAUUUUGAUUUGUGAUUCUGUGAAUUCUAGUGAUGGGUCAUUUUGGAUUUGUCUCUGUUGAAAGAGAAGGGUUUCAUCUUAACUCACUGUGCUGUAGAUUGUGUUGUUUUUGGAAUUUUAAUUGCUUUGAAUACUUAGCUUUUUUCUGCUACAUUUGCUUUAUCUUUGUGCAUGUGGAAUUUGGGAAAUUCUGAACUUGUGGUGCUUGUUGAGCUUUGAAGAAAUUUAGUUUGGUCUAGCAACAGGUGUGGCGAAUCACAGUUCGAAUCCUGACUAAGAGACUUGCGAAGGAAAUGAUUCUCACAAAGCAGUACCGAUGCGUACACUCUUCUUCUUGCCAAUGCACUAAAGGUCAUUUAAGUGAAGAUGUGAUAUUCUUGGUGUUUAACAAUUUGAAUUGGAACCCUAAGCUAAUAGCUACUUUGUCAUGUGUUUGCAAAUGGUUCGAUGACCUUGCGAAGCGAGUUCUAUGGAAAGAGUUUUGUCGAACAAGAGUUCCUAAGAUGAUGCUUGAUCUACAAUCUAGUGGAACUCAUAGUAUUGAUGGAAACUGGAGAGCCCUAGGGAAGCUGCUUAUAUACUGUUCGGGUUGCAAGAAAGGCGGUUUGUUCAAGAACGUACACAUCCCCGGUCAUUUUGUUUACCGGACUAGAUUUUCUAAAACGUCUGGAAAGAGCUUUCUUUUGCCGCAAUGUAUAAACGAUGUUUUGUAUGUGUCAGAUCCUUGUGAGCAUCUUGACCAAGGUGAAGAAGGAGAUAUAGGAUUCUUCCGCGGCGUUUUCAAGUCGUUUGCUACUACAAAUGUUCGGAGGAUGCUUAUUAACAAAGGUGCUCAGCUCCAUCCAACAGAAGUUUGUCCUUAUUGUAAAGCGAGGUUGUGGAGCAUGCUGCAGGCUAAUAUGAUCCCGCAAACUGCUAGUUGCAGGUUGGGUUCAUAUGAAGAAUGCGUCGAUUAUCAUGUGUGCCUUAAUGGUCACAUGGUUGGGAUCUGCACCCUGUUACCUUUGUCUGAUUCAGAAGAGGCAUCUGAGAAGGAGUAAGAUAUUGAUGAUUCUCAGAUUGGCAUCUUAUCCUCACAAGAAGUUUGGUUGAAUUGCUCAUGGUUAUAUUUCUUCCUAGGGACAACUCAGAAGUACCAUUGUGAUUUUAUUCAAACCAUUAUGCCUGAUGUUGCUAUCUCAACACAUGCUAGCAUUUUCUUCAAAAGGGCAAAAUUUUACCAACAAUUUUUGUUAAUGAAUCAGAUACAAGGAUGUUAUUGUGAACUAUGGUUAUAUGAUGUAUAUUGAUGUCUUGAUAUCUGAACCUGAGUGAGUGAUCCAUUUGGUAGUGCAAUAAUUCAUACUUGUUAAGAAUGAUUUUGAUUCAGUUGCAUGUUCUCAUUCAGAUUCAUUUGAA